UACUGAGCCUCGGAGGGCCGCGGCAUCCCCUUGCCCCGCGGCCGCGAGCAGCGCGCCCGGCGCCACACUCGCGGGCCGGCCCAGCGUCAGGCGGCCGCGCGGCCCAUGCGGCUGGGGGCGGCGGCCGGAGCGGGCUCGGGCUGGGCGUCUCAGGUGCAGCCGGCUGCCCGGAGAGGUGAGGGGGCGGUGGCGGGGCCCGGCCCGGCCCCGUGAUUGGCCGCGGGCUGAGGGCCGCGGGGCGGCCUGGAGGCGUCCCGGGCGGGGAGCAGCCGGCCGAGCCUUCCGCGCGCGGCCCCGGCAGGAUGCUGCUGUCCCUGGUGCUCCACAUGUACUCGAUGCGCUGCGUGCUGCCGGCCGCCGUGCUCCUGGGCACUGCCCCCACCUACGUGCUGGCCUGGGGGGCCUGGCGGCUGCUCUCCGCCUUCCUGCCCUCCCGCUUGUACCAGGCGGUGGACGACCGGCUCUACUGCAUCUAUCAGAGCAUGGUGCUCUUCUUCUUCGAGAACUACACCGGCGUGCAGAUAUUGCUAUAUGGAGAUUUGCCAAAAAAUAAAGAAAAUAUAAUAUAUUUAGCAAAUCAUCAAAGCACAGUUGACUGGAUUAUUGCUGACAUUCUGGCCAUCAGGCAGAAUGCUCUUGGACAUGUACGCUACGUGCUGAAAGAUGGGUUAAAGUGGCUUCCGCUGUAUGGGUGUUAUUUUUCUCAGCACGGAGGGAUCUAUGUAAAGCGAAGUGCCAAAUUUAAUGAAAAGGACAUGAGAAACAAGCUGCAGAGCUACAUGAACGCAGGAACUCCAAUGUAUCUUGUGAUUUUUCCAGAGGGAACAAGGUAUAAUCCAGAACUAACGAAAGUCAUUUCAGCUAGUCAAACAUUUGCUGCUCAAGAAGCUUUGGAGGCGGAGAGCGAAAAUGGCGGCCUCCCAGUCUCCGCCCCGGAGGAGCCGAGAACUCGGGCCCGCUCCUCAGUGAGCCCCCAGAGAAAAGCCGUCAGCCACUCCCGUCUUCCCGGUCUCCGGCCGCUCUCCGUGCUCACCCGGCCUGUGACCGCGCGCCUCUAUCUCCAGCACCCGACCCCGGGUGGAGUCUCCAAACCCAGCAGAUCCCUGCGGUGCGCUCCCGCGCAGCUCCGCCUGGGGGAGGAAGGCUUUGCAGUAUUAAAACAUGUGCUGACACCAAGAAUAAAGGCAACUCAUGUUGCUUUUGAUUCUAUGAAGAAUUAUUUAGAUGCAAUUUAUGAUGUGACAGUGGCUUUUGAAGGGACUAUUGAUGAUAAAGGGCAGCGGAAAGAAGCACCGUCCAUGGCUGAAUUCCUCUGCAAAGAAUGUCCAAAAAUUCAUAUUCACAUUGAUCGUAUAGACAAAAAAGAUGUCCCAGAAGAACAAGCAUUUAUGAGAAGAUGGCUUCAUGAGCGUUUUGAAAUUAAAGAUAAGUUGCUUAUAGAGUUUUAUGAUUCACUGGAUCCAGAAAGAAGAAACAAAUUUCCUGGGGAAAGUGUUAAUUCUAAAUUAAGUCUCAAGAAGACUUUACCAUCAUUAUUGAUCUUAAGUGGUUUGACUGCUGGUAUGCUUAUGACCGAGGCUGGAAGGAAACUCUAUGUAAGAACGUGGAUUUAUGGAACCUUAAUUGGCUGCUUGUGGGUUAGUAUAAAAGCUUGAGCAGGUAGCUGUCUGCAGGCAGUGGGAUGUGCUCCGUGGUUCAGUGUUGGCAGCCACACCUUACAUCAAAUUGUUUCCUGAUUUUAGUCAGAAGUGUAAAUAAAGCCUUGUUGAUUGAACAUUGGAUAAAAUAGAAUUUCUGAUUAAAGCCGAUAUGCAGUUGGUCUUGGGCAAACAUACAUGGUUUUACAACUUUAGAACAGAAGCUGCUGGAAAGGGAAAAACUAAACAGUUUAUGCUACACUUGGCAUUUCCUAUGAACUAAUGUCAUCUUCAGAAGACUCUUAGGAUUGUAUAAUUUGUUAUUGUUUUGUAAUUCAGAUGGCUGCGUUCAUGAACAUUAACUUGCAGUAUAUUUCACUGUAUUUGUUAUUUUUAAUUUUUUACAACUUGACUAGUCCAACCUUUAUCACUAAAGUAUUUAGUAUCUUGGAGCUAUGUAAUAUUUUGCUUUUUGCUUAAUGUCUCCAAGGAAGUGAAAGAAAUUUUAUUUAAGUGUCAAGAGGCAUACCAAGGAAAAGGGCAAGAAAUUGUCCCUGGGGAGGAAGCUCUGGUUAGCGCAUGCUUUUAUUGUAUUGCAUUAUUAUCCGAUUUUACUUUAUAUUUGCAAAGUAAUUAACAUUUCUAAUAUUUAUUGAAACAGCUUAAUUUGCACACCCUGUAUUGUAUACAAAAGAAUAAUGUAUAAAGUAUGAGAAUUAAGUUUAAGUUAGAAUUGUGACCCUGAUUCAUUAUAGCAGAACUUUACAUUGCCCGGCUUUUUGAGGAGUUAUGCUAAGCUCUUAGUACUUCCCAGCAUCUGUGCCAUAAUUACUUGAAAACCUUCAGGUUUGCUAUUAUUUUUUAUAUCAAAAUAAUUAGUGUGAACCUUUAUUGGACCUGAGUCCACAGAUAAUUUGAGGUGAUGGGAGCCUUCAAACGUCUGACUAGAUUUCCUAGCAUGUGCCUUUGCCUGUUACUGUUGAGUUUAGCACAACAUUUAAUUCAGAAGUCAUUUUUUUUUUAUGCCCUCACGGUCGAUUUCCACUGGGUUUGGAUUCUUUUCCUUUGGCUUCCUGGCAGCCACAGCACUUCCUGUGCUGCUCGGUGCCUGGUACCGUACGUGCACAGGGAAGAACUGUAGCCGGCCAGGGCUUGUCCUGCUGCAAAGUUGUUCGUUUAAGCUCCUGUGAGCCAGCCUCGCUAGCUGCGGCAAAGGCGUUUUGCGUUUGUCUCAUGUCAAGUUCACCUUCCACAGGCCAGGGAGAUUUAAUCCAUCAGGACUGAAUGAAUUUGUUUAGUUCUCGUUGGUUUUAAUGGGGCUACACAAUUAAUCCAUAUCACCUCAAAACAAGAGCUGUGUUUCCGGAACCAAAUCACACAAUUCACUUUGCAGUCAUGAAAUAAUAAAUUUAUCCCGUGCAAGAGGAUGACCUUUUUGGAUCUGCUCUAUUUUUAUGUUACAACUUCAACUUGAUUGCCUACCAGCCCUUUAAGAUAACAUUUCUGCCUAAUGGAUUUUGGUUGUAAAAUUGUACCCAUGCCCCCGAUGAAACACACCAGCUGAAUCAUGAUGAACAAAAUGAAAAUAAUAAAGAAGGGAAAUUUUGUCUAACCAGUUCUCCAGACCCAGAGAGCAGGCCAUGUCGGACAGCACGUUUGCACAGCUGGGUAGUGUGAGUUGUCCAUGUACAUUAGCGUAUGUGUGCGCACAUCCCCUCAGGACACGGUCGGCCUAACUGUGCACGGCGGUGUAGGUCACACUUCUGAAAAGUGUUCUCAUGCCAAAUUGUCGUUUUCUCUUUCUUGUAAGGUGAAGGUUAAAUCAAUCCCAUGUCUUUGUUAAUACUUUUUUUAACAACCCUAAAGUUAGAACCUUUUUCUAAUUAGAUCAAAGCAAAUGUAAGUUGUGCAACUUACCUUGAAUAUCAUGGAUAUGCUCUAAAUUUAAAUUUUAAGAAGUAGUACCAUUGGAAUUAUGUUGAUUAUAACUGAUUUUAAGAAGUCACAGUGAACGGCAUAAGAUCACUUUGAACAUCAUGUUUCUUAUGAACAUACUUAUAUUCUCACAGAAGUUCUAUGAGAUAUAUUUGUUAGUUUAAAAAUUUUGUAUCAAAAUAUUUGGAAAAUUAGAAGCUUCUUUUUAACAUGCGUUGAUAUGAUUUGAAUUAUUAUUUUCUAAAAUUAAGAGUCCUGUAUCUACCUGUAAAUCUUUUCACAUAUCAUUUAAGCCUUUGUUUGUAUUAUUCUUAUUAUUGAUUUGCAGCUUAGUUAUUACUUAGUUUUUCUUUAUAAGAAUGCCAUCAAAGUGCAUGCUUUUAUGUUUUCCAGAAAAGGGUGUGUUUGGACGAAAGUAAAAGAAAAAAUAAAAUCUUUCACUGUCUCUAA